GUAAUAUUUACUUUAUGGAGACAGAAAAGUGUUGUCUCAGCUCCCAAGAGUGUAUGUACGAAUAAUAGACGAUAUGAUGUAUGAAGGAACGAAACCUAAUGUUAAAUGUGUAUGUGGUGAAACAGAAAAAUUCCCUACAAGAGUAGGAGUUCAUUUUUUUGGGAUACGGCGAAGGAGGACAAGAAGAAGAGUAGGAGUUCAUCAAUGCAGGAUGUGUAGGGAGGCCAUGCAACCAAAUCCUCCACCCCCGGCUUCGGUCGAAGUGCGGACUGCCUACAAGAAGUACAGUUCAUCGUCUUUGGUUCUGAGAGGUACUUCGCUCACCGUUCGCAGGAAUACAAUUUAUGGUCUUUUGGGACCAAGCGGUUGUGGAAAGACAACGCUUUUAAACUGUAUCGUCGGCAGAACGAAAUUGGACAGUGGAAUUAUAAACUUGGAGUCGAACGGGAUAGACGAGAUUGGAUACAUGCCACAGGAUUUAUGUUUAGAUCCUUUACUUAGCGUCGAAGAGAUAUUUUGUUAUUUCGGCACCCUGUUCGGUCUGAGACGGGAUGAAAUAAUCACUCGGUACAAGUAUUUCAAUGCCAUAUUCGACUUGCCAAAUAGAGAUAUGUUGAUAAACAACUUGAGCGGUGGCCAACAGAGAAGGGUUUCACUAGCAGUCGCUCUACUUCACAAUCCAACACUCUUAAUUUUGGACGAACCAACGGUCGGACUGGAUCCAAUACUAAGUGAAAAAAUUUGGUUGCAUUUGUCUGACCUGUCUUCCGAAGGUAAAACUAUUAUCAUCACUACUCAUUACAUUGAAGAAGCCCGGAGAGCACACACUGUGGGCAUGAUGAGAAGCGGACUUAUCUUAUCCGAAGACGCCCCAGAGAAUUUGAUGAAGUGUUACAGUUGUUCGUCACUUGAAGAUGUUUUCCUCAAACUAUGCAUCAUCGAUACCUCUAAAAUCAUUCAAAAGACUCCUUUGCCGAUGGAUUGCGUGCAAAAAAAACUGUUGCCUUUAGACAACAAUAGAAAGUUUGAAACGCGACGGUUCCGCGCUCAAAUGUUAAAAAAUAGAUUUUUACUUUGGAGAAAUAAACAAAUGACCUAUUUAAUGCUCGGUUUGCCGAUAAUUAUAACGGUAUUUUUCAACAUGGCCAUCGGCCGCGACCCCAAGAACAUUAACAUCGGCGUUAUUAACGACGAAAUCGAUUUGGGAAGCUGUGCCAACUUUACCAAAGUCAAUAACAACUGUUUUUUAGACGAACAAAUGUACGGCAGCUGUCAGCUAAUCUAUCAACUGCACAAAAGAACGUACAGAAUCAACGAAUACUACGACGUGGAGACGGGAAGGGAGUCGAUUAGGAAAAACCAAAUUUGGGCGUUGUUGCGGUUCAACUGGAACUACACGGACGCGCUUAAAGAGCGGGUGAAUUCUGGCCGGGACAGUACAGACAGUGUGGUGGACAACAGCUUUCUGGAAUUUUGGGUCGACGAUUCGGAUAGAUACAUGUCGAUUCUGAUAGAAAGAGACUUGACGUUAAGUCUAGCAGACGCCUUGAAAAACGUGGUCGGCACGUGCAACGAUUCGCUGGACAAAGUCAUUUCGUAUCCGAUCAAGAUUCACGAUGCAUUGUACGGCACGAAUUUGGGCUCAUUCACGCAUUUCGUUACUCCUGGAACAGUUUGCAUCUGUAUGUUUUUCUUGCCUUUGAUAUACACAACGUUCGUACUACUCGACGAACAAAACGACGGUAUACUGGACCGUGUCAUAACGUCCGGAAUGACGUUUCUGGAAAUAGCGUCGGCCCAUUCUGUCGUUCAGAUUUGUUAUAUAUGUAUACAAGCGUUUGAAAUUUUAAUCAUCAUGUAUGUAUUUUAUGACAAUCCAUACAUUGGAUCCAUAGCCACCGGGUACAGCCUUCUCAUAGUCAUCGGAAUAGCUGGAAUGAUCUACGGAUUCGUUUUGGCUUUGGCCAACGACAGCCAUUUUGCUGCAGGUUUCGCGGGUGUCGGCACAAACUUCUUGCUGAUGUGCGCAUGCGGUUUCAUUUGGCCAACACAAGGAGCCCGACAUUUCGUCAGAUACAUAAAUCAAUUUGUACCGAUUACGUUAGCCAUAGAAGCACUCCGUGGAAUAACUAUGCGAGGUUGGACUCUAAAUCACACCGCCGUCUACAUGGGAUUCGUAUCGAUGGUGAUUUGGGCUCUAAUAUUUUAUGUGAUAUCAUGUGUAUUAUAUAAACUGAAAAAAGAAACGAAAAAGAAAUUGUAGAUUAAAACAAGAGGUCCAAGAUCUCAAAAAUAUUUAAUAAUGUGUCAAGUACAAAAGACUGCCAGAAUGCUUAAUGGCAAUCGAAUCUUUAUUAGGUUUGUUGAUGAAAUAAUCUGUAAAGAUGUGUAAAUACAAUUAUAUAGACUUAAUUAUAAUAUUUAUUGAUUAGCGACAUUAAAAAAUAUUGAGUGUGACAAAAUGAAAAUAAAAACAUUUCAUAGU